GGCGCCGCUGUUGCGUGCUUCUGCUGCCGGCGGACUGAGAGCCAGCCCCUCCUUCCCUCCCUGUCGGGCCCCGUGUGCGUGAUGGCGGAGGACAGCGAGUCUGCCGCCAGCCAGCAAAGCCUGGAGCUGGACGACCAGGACACCUGCGGCAUCGACGGCGACAAUGAGGAGGAGACCGAGCACUCCAAGGGAAGUCCAGGAGGAGACGUGGGAGCGAAAAAGAAGAAAAAGAAACAGAAGCGAAAAAAGGAAAAACCAAACUCCGGAGGUACCAAAUCAGACUCCGCAUCUGACUCCCAGGAGAUUAAAAUUCAGCAACCUUCAAAAAAUCCAGCCAUUCCAAUGCAGAAACUGCAAGAUAUUCAAAGAGCCAUGGAACUACUCUCAGCAUGCCAGGGACCAGCAAAGAACAUUGAUGAGGCAACCAAACGUAAAUACCAGUUUUGGGAUACACAGCCUGUACCAAAACUUAGUGAAGUUAUAACAUCUCAUGGUGCAAUUGAACCAGAUAAAGACAACAUCCGUCUAGAGCCAUAUUCAUUACCACAGGGUUUUACGUGGGACACUUUGGAUCUGAGCAAUGCCGAAGUUCUAAAGGAAUUAUACAUGCUGCUAAAUGAAAACUAUGUAGAAGAUGAUGAUAAUAUGUUUAGAUUUGACUAUUCCCCGGAAUUUCUCUUGUGGGCCCUGCGGCCUCCAGGCUGGCUUCCACAAUGGCACUGUGGAGUCAGGGUAUCAUCCAAUAGAAAGUUGGUGGGGUUCAUAAGUGCCAUUCCUGCACACAUUCGGAUUUAUGAGAGUGAGAAGAAAAUGGUAGAAAUUAAUUUUCUGUGUGUCCAUAAAAAACUGAGAUCUAAACGAGUAGCACCAGUCCUGAUUCGUGAAAUAACUAGGAGAGUCAACUUGGAAGGAAUUUUUCAGGCAGUUUACACUGCAGGCGUUGUACUUCCAAAGCCUGUAGCAACUUGCAGGUAUUGGCAUCGAUCAUUGAAUCCUAGAAAAUUGGUAGAGGUGAAAUUUUCUCAUUUGAGUAGAAAUAUGACUCUACAGAGAACAAUGAAACUCUACAGACUUCCUGAUGCCACAAAAACGUCAGGUUUGAGACCUAUGGAACGCAAAGAUAUAAAAGCAGUGCAAGAAUUAAUUAAUAAUUACUUGAAGCAAUUUCAUCUUGCUCCUGUUAUGGAUGAAGAAGAAGUGGCCCACUGGUUCCUGCCUCAGGAUCAUAUUAUUGACACAUUUGUUGUAGAGAGUUCUAAUGGUAUUUUAACUGAUUUGUUGAGUUUCUAUACAUUACCUUCAACCGUCAUGCAUCAUCCUGUUCAUAAAAGCCUCAAAGCUGCCUAUUCCUUCUACAAUGUUCAUACAGAAACACCUCUUCUGGAUCUUAUGAAUGAUGCACUUAUUAUAGCAAAGCUGAAAGGAUUUGAUGUGUUCAAUGCACUAGACUUGAUGGAAAAUAAAACAUUCCUGGAAAAACUGAAAUUUGGUAUUGGAGAUGGCAACUUGCAAUAUUACUUGUAUAACUGGAGGUGUCCGGGCAUGGAUUCUGAAAAGGUUGGUCUUGUACUACAAUAAGGAGGAAGGACACUUGUAUUUAUAGUUCUUGGAAAUAAUUAUCUGGGCUGAUGGAAGCUCUUGGAUCAGUACAAUUCAAGAGGAGUAAAAGCACAAUGCCUGAUGAACUUAAAAUAAAUCCAUUGAACCUUGGGGGUGUACAAGAGGGAAGUGAAGAAAUCCAUGCGCAACCAGCCCUCCAUACCUUCAACUGUGAAUGGGAAGAGCUCAUUUGCCUUUUUCUGUUUUAUCAAUGAAAAGAAAGCACAUACGUUUAAUUUUCAACGCUUAGCUUACAUCUUGAUGAAAGGGGUUUUCUCUUUCCCCUCCCUUCCCCUGCGUAAGACUGUUUUUGUACAACAACUCAAUUGCAGUGGUGGAAUAGAGUACAAAUUCUUUACUGUUAUGUGACUGAACUGCUGCAUUUCUAUUUAUUAAGUGGUAGUGUAUGUUUUAUCAGUGUAACAAAAUGAAGGAGCCAAUUUUAAGUAUUUCUGCUUGUUUCCAUUACAAGGAUGACAUCAUUGAAGGAGGAAAGUUUGACUAUUUAGUAGGGAACAUGGAAACCUUGGAUGUCUUUUUGUAUCUGUGGAGUGGUACAAAAAUGUGCUGGUUUGACUAGUGCAUUUGUUUCUCCAUAAGUAAUGCUGCCAAAUCAAUAAAAACACAAAUUUGUACUUUGA